CGUUUAGAAAAUUUAUUUAUUUGUACACAACACAACAACACAAGCACACAAUUUGUAAAUUAACACACACAGAAUUUCUAUUAGAGACAGAAUACACAGAACAGAAUGUUUACGCAAUUAUUAUUGCCACAGAAGGGUUUGCUGCUGCUGCGGCGCUGGCAAAUGGGCAACUCGCCGCUCUUUCAGCCAAACAAGGAGAUCAAGGAGUUGAGGGAAAUCAGCCAGGAUGCGGCCAAGAUGAGUAAGAAGGCCAAGCCUGCCCCGGCGCCGGCUAAAGCAGGUCCGGCUCCGGGCAAGGGCAAAUCUGGCCCGGCUGCAGGCAAGGCUUGUGGACGCGAGCCGCCGACUCCGCCCAAGGAGAUGUUGUCGAAUACGAAAACGGAUUUUGGGCCGCUCACCGAUUGCGAUCGCAUCUUCCAGAAUCUGUACGGCCGGCUCGACUGGCGCCUGAAGGGCGCCUGCGCCCGCGGCGAUUGGUAUCGCACCGCCGAUCUCCUAGAGAUGGGCCCGCAGUGGAUCAUGGACGAGGUGAAGCGCAGCGGACUGCGUGGACGCGGCGGCAGCGGUUACUAUGCGGGCAGCAAAUGGGAAGCGCUGCAAAAGGCGGAGAGCAAAUCGAAAGUCCUUAUACUCAACUGUGCCGAGGGUGAGCCGGGCACGUGCAAGGAUCGCGAAAUCCUGCGCCACGAGCCGCACAAAAUCAUCGAGGGCUGCCUGCUGGCAGGCUUUGCCAUGGGCUGCGAAAAGUGCAUCAUCUAUAUACGGAAUCGUUUCUACAACGAGGCCUGCAAUCUGCAGUUCGCCCUGGCGGAAGCCUAUCGCUACGGCCUGAUUGGCUGCAACUCGUGCGACACGGGCAUCAAAUUCGAGAUACACGUCCAGCGCGGAGAUCGUUAUCUGACGGGCGAGGAGACGGCCCUGGUCAAUUGCCUGAUGGGCAAGCUGGCGCGUCCCCGCAAGCGUCCGCCCUAUCUGUACGAGAAGGGCUACUUCGAUCAUCCCUCGACGGUCAUCAACACGGAAUCCUUGGCCGUCGUUCCCACCAUCUUGCGACGCGGCGCCAAAUGGUUCACCAGUCUGGGACGCAACAAGAAUUUCGGCACCAAGCUGUUCAACAUUAGCGGCCAUGUCCUGCAUCCCUGCACCGUAGAGGAGGAGAUGUCCAUGCCGCUCCGUGACAUUAUCGAGAUGCAUGCCGGCGGCGUUUGCGGCGGUUGGAAUAAUCUGCUGGCCGUCUGGCCGGGCGGUUUGUCCUCCCCAAUCUUGGGCCAGGCAGCCGCCGAGGAGGUGCUCAUGGACUAUGACGCUUUGGAGGCGGCGGGCAGCGAACUCGGCACCGGCGGCAUCAUAGUCGUCUGCAACGAUUGCGACCCGCUGCUCGUGAUGCAGCGCAGCAUCGAGUUCUACAUGAAGCAGACGUGCAAACAGUGCACGCCAUGCCGCGACGGCGCCAUCUAUCUGCCGGAGAUCUUCAAGAACUUCACCCGCGGCGAAUCUGUGCCGCAAAUGAUCGACUUUGUCGAGGUCAUCAGCAAGACCAUGACCGGCACGACCAUCUGUGCUCUGUCCGACAGCCAGGCGAAUAUCGCUCGCGGACUCAUCCAGCACUUUGCGCCCUACAUCGAGGAGCGCAUCCUCGAGUAUCUCAACGAUGUCGAUGAUUGUUGAAGUUCAAGUUGAAAGAGAAGAGGAGCUUGUUGUUUGUCCAAUAAAUUGAUUUUCAAUUGCA